CUUCUUUCCUCUGCACGAGCUGCUGCUCGUGCAACUUGCGCAGGCGCAAUAGGCAAUUGGAGCUGAAACCCGGAUGCAACCAACGCCUAACCUGUCGCUAGACAAACGAUGCAGACAAUAAAAUGUGUGGUGGUUGGGGACGGUGCAGUCGGAAAGACCUGCUUACUGAUCUCCUACACGACCAACAAGUUCCCCUCAGAAUACGUGCCAACAGUGUUUGACAAUUAUGCAGUAACUGUGAUGAUCGGCGGAGAGCCUUACACGCUGGGUCUCUUUGACACAGCAGGUCAGGAGGAUUAUGACAGGCUGCGUCCCCUCAGCUACCCUCAAACAGAUGUCUUCCUCGUAUGUUUCUCCGUCGUUUCGCCGUCGUCGUUUGAAAACGUCAAAGAGAAGUGGGUUCCUGAGAUCUCUCACCACUGUCCAAGCACACCUUUCCUAUUGGUGGGCACACAAGUAGACCUGAGGGAAGACAGCAACACUGUUGAGAAGCUGGCCAAGAACAAACAGCGCCCCCUCUACCCAGAGAGUGGCGAGAAGCUGGCUCGUGAGCUCAGAGCCGUUAAAUACGUGGAGUGCUCAGCUCUCACGCAGAGAGGCCUAAAGAAUGUUUUUGAUGAGGCCAUUCUGGCAGCGCUGGAACCUCCCGAGACCAAAACUAAGAGGAAGUGUGUUCUUUUAUAAAAAGAAUCUCCAACAAAGGGGGAUGUGAUGGUGGAAGAAACUGGUGAAAUUGUUCCAACAGAAAGAUCAACAGUUUAAAAAAGCAAACCAAACCAGAGGGUUUGAGAUGUGCCCGAGCAUGUGUUUAAUGAUUGUGCCUUCCAAACAAAAAACAGGCGAAGAGGCUAAAACAUGCAAUAAGUGUCUGUUUCUUCAAAGCUUUUGAAAACUGCUGUAUUCUCCAUUUUUUUAUAUUCAGGUGUCCCUUCCGCCCUGCUCAUCACAGUUUUCUGCUGUUUUUAAAGAGAAUGCUUAUUUAUGAACGUCUUCAGCCUCACCGUGUUUGAUUAAAGCCGUUGGAGGAUUAGAGGAGAUGUAAAUGGACAGGUUAACUGGUACUCUGUUUUCUGCUCCUGCUGAAACCCCAAGAUUCAUUCAUUCACUCCAAACAUACCUGUACAACAUGUUUAAUGUCCUCCAACAACUUAGAAAGCAUUUUCACAAAUCUCACAUGUGCAGUUGAUUUUCUGUAUUUUCUGUUGUAUGAAUUUUGUGAUGCUGUUUUGGGGGAAUCUUUUAGCAUUUUUGAUUUACAAAAAACUUGAAUUUUUAUUCUAUCCAGAUUGUACUUUUUGUUGUAUCCAUUUUUUUUUAUUGUUUGAUGACCAACAGUGAUGGAUAGUAUAAUAAAAUUGUGAUAUUUUUGAUAAAUGUUAGUCUUGAUAAAGAUUAAGAACUCUUUCUACUGAAUUUCUGGGUGUUUGUAAUCAUCUGAUAUUUUUAAUAAAAUGCUCUUACCAAAUAUAAA